AACAUAAUCACAAAUCUGGAACCACUGAAAAUAAAUAUGAGUUUGAACAAGUAACUGAAUUUAAAUAUUUAGGCACAAUAGUUAAUAAUGACAUAAAAAUGGAAAUCAAAAAUAGAUUCAAUAUGGCUAAUAAAUGUUAUCAUUGAUUGCGAAAUCAGUUCAAAUCUAAAUACAUAAGUUGUGAAAUAAAAAUACAGUUGUACAAGACACAGUUGUACAGUUGUACAUAAAAAUACAGUAGUAAGACCAAUAGUUUUAUAUGGCAGCGAAUUCUGGGCAAUUAACAAAGCAGACGAAGAGAAACUGAUGACUUUCGAAAGAAAAAUGUGAAGAAAAUUUUUUGGUGCAGUAAGAGAAAACGGAACCUGGAGAAUUCGUUACAACCAUAAAUUACAAUCAAAAUACAAAAAACCUAACAUUGUUAAAAUGGUAAAAGUGUCUCAAAUAAGGUGGCUAGGACAUGUAUUUCGAUAUACCGAUGUGAGAAUCCUGCAGGGAAAAAAAAAAGAAAAAACUUUCAAGCACCGGAAGAAAAAUGAAAAAGAGGAAGACCUAGAAAAAGAUGGUUAGAUAGAGUAGAGAAGUGGUUAAACGAUUUAGGUGUUAACAGAUGAAAAAAAUAUAGUUUUAAUAAUUUAUAUUUGAAGAAAAUAUAGUUUUAAUAAUUUUUUUUUCUGUGUUAACAUCCGUCAAUUCAGGCAUCUACAGGACAAUUUUGUUGACCUCUCUUUCAGGGGCACCAUCUUAGGUGGGCCAACGUGGCUCCCACAGUAAGGACAGAUUGUACAGAGAACAGAUUGUACAGGAAGAACAUCCAUGCCUCGCCCGGGAUUCGAAGCCAGAACCUUUCUGAUGCAAGGACAGUUCCCUGCCCCCUACACAGGCCGAUCGGCUUGAUUCAGAUGGGGUAAACUGAUUGAGACGGACUUGUAAAAGUACACAUAAGAAGGCAUUGAUGAGAACAAUGCACAUAAAUAGGCAUUGAUUUGGAAUAAUAUAUUUAUCAAUUUUGUCUAUAUAUAUUUUAUAAUUAUCAAGCAAUUAGGACUUAAAUGAAGAUAAAAGUUUUAUAAAAGGGUAUAGUUAUGUCUUAAAACUUAAGUUACAUGAAAAAUGAAAGACUCAUUAUUAAACUUAAUUUACGCUAAACGACUAAUAUGUUUUUCUGAAGAUUUCUAUUUAUUGAUAAGAAAUCUGUUAUCGCUAGAUAGUAAGAAGAUUUUUCUAAUGCUUUAUCUUUUCUGUGCGAGUUUAGAAUGUGUUACCAAUUGCCGACAGAAGUAUUGCUUUUAAAAUGAGUUUAUAUGGAAAUACGUCAUCAUUGAUUACAAAGAAAGCAGCUGUAUGUUCUGAGCAACCAAUAGCUACAAAGAUUGGACUAGAGAUUUUAGAAAAAGGUGGAAACGCAUCCGAUGCAGCAAUCGCAACAUUUGUGGCAGUGUCAAUACUAGCCCCGUCCACGAGUGGCAUUGGAGGCGAUAUUCAAUGUCUUUUCUACCGGAAGUCAGAUAACAGUAUACAACAGAUCAAUGGAAGUGGGAAAACUGGACUCCAUACAACUUUAGAGAAUGUCCAAAAUGCUGGAAUCCACCAUUCGUCGGAAACAAAGUAUUCUCAAGAAGGACUUUGGGUAUCUAUACCUGGAGCGGUAGAGGGAAUGUUCAACGUACUAAGACACUUCGGAUCCGGAAAGCUUUCCAUGUCAGAUAUUUUACAACCAGUCAUCAAGUUGGCCGAAGAAGGUGUAACCAUUGCACCCAAAACUGCUGGUGUUUGGAACAAAGCUUCCAGGGCAUUCAUCGAAUCAAAGAACAAAGAUGACUUCCUUAUUAAUGGCAAACCUCCUCAAGCUGGUGACGUAAUUACUGCACCAAAAUUGGCUAAAUGUCUUAAGGAAAUAGCAUCUAAAGGUGCUGAAGCAUUUUAUUGUGGACCUAUUGCAGAAAGAAUUGUUUCAGAAGUUAAGAAUUCAGGAGGAAGCCUCACAUUAGAUGAUUUCAAGGAAUAUCAUGCUAAUCCUCCAUCGAAAGCUCCCUCCCAACCCAUCAGUAUCGAUUUUCAAGGUUUCACUAUUUGGGAAAUGAAACCAAAUACCACAGGAAUAGUUGUUUUAGUUGCCUUAAAUGUUUUGAAAAAAUUUGACUUAAAAAGUUUAGGGCACAAUACAGCAGAAUACAUACACAUUGUUGCAGAGGUUAUAAAAAUUUCAUACACGGAAUGCUGGGAUUACAUUUGUGAUCCAGAUCAUACUACUAGUUCAUUUCAAAAUCUUCUUUCUGAAACCACUGCUAAUAAGUUGUGCAAGAAAAUCGACGAGAGAAGAGCUUCGAAGCCUGAAGUUUCUUUUGAAGGUGGAAGCACAACUUAUCUAGCUGUUGUGGACGAGGAAGGAAAUGGNUUCAACUUUUUACGUUUAGUAACAGUUUUGCCGAUUCGGAUUACGCUCCGCAGUCAAGGAACUCGUGCAUUGCUUCAAGACUUUUGUAGAAGCAAUGGCUUUAUUGAUAAUACCUCACAUUUAUCUUCUUUUCUGUUUCAGAACCGAUUAAAGUGCAUGAGUUUGAUUCAAAACAGUCCAAAUGUAUACGGUCCAAGAAAACUUCCCCUUCAUACAAUUAUUCCAGGUAUGGUUACAGAUUCUCGAACUGGUGAACUUUUAGCUGUAUUCGGAGUGAUGGGAUUAUGGAUGCAGCCUCAAGGUCAUAUACAAGUUUUGCUGAAUAUGAUUAUUUUUGGAAUGGAUCCACAAACUGCUUUGAGCCAACCAAGAUUCUUUGUUGGUGAUUCAAAUAGAUUUGCUGCUGACUACAAGCAAAGUUUUAGCCUCAUAUGUCUUGAAGAUGGUAUAAAUCCUGCCGCUAUUUCCACGUUACAGAGCAAAGGCCAUCAAUGCAAGAUUGUUAAAGAUAUAGACAGGUUAAUGUUUGGAAAAGGAAGUGUUAUUGCUAGACCUAAACUUUUUAAUAAGGAUUUGCAUGGUGAUGCUCAAAAUACUUGGUGGUCGGGAGUUGAUCCACGAUCUGAUAGUUUCCCAGCUGGAAUCUAGGAUAUUGUACUCUGUUUCAAUUACUUAAAGAAAAAUUGUUAUGUAUUACAUUGUAUUGAUGUUCCUCUUAAACUUUACAUAAAUUUUAUUUUAUUAU